AUGACUAGGAUCGUCAAGCAGGACGCCUACGGCAAAGAGUACGGUGUUGCCAGUUUGAUUGGAGGCGAAGCAGUGGAAGUCGGGAAAAGAGAUGGCGUCCUGGAUUCCGAUGGCUAUCGCUAG